CCCCGGGCCGCUCUUGCUCGGCUUGACUGUGACCUCCGGGGCUCCCGACUCCCGGCCCGCGGAAGCCGCGGCCGAAGACAUGGGACUCUCUCGGUGCACCCGUGGCGGCCACCGUGACGGGGGAAGCGGUGGUGUCUUCGAGGAAACCGGAAGCCCGUGGUGACCCCUGGCGACCCGGUUUGUUUUCAGUCGGUUUCCAAACACUGGGGAAGCGAAACCCGGUGGCCUUGGGGGCGGCCCUUCGUAGCCAGGGUUCAGGCUGCCAUGGACACACUAGUAGAAGAUGACAUCUGCAUUCUGAAUCAUGAAAAAGCCCACAGAAGAGAGACAGCGACUCCACUCUCGGUGUACUCAGGAGAGGAAUCUGUUGCUUCACAUUUUGCUCUUGUCACCGCUUAUGAAGACAUCAAGAAGAGACUUAAAGAUUCAGAGAAAGAAAACUCUCUCUUAAAGAAAAGAAUAAGAGCUUUGGAAGAAAAGCUUGUUGGAGCUCGAGUAGAUGAAGAAACAAGUUCUGUGGGACGAGAACAAGUGAAUAAGGCCUAUCAUGCAUAUCGAGAGGUUUGCAUUGAUAGAGACAAUUUGAAGAACAAAUUGGAGAAAAUAAAUAAAGACAACACUGAAUCUUUGAAAGUAUUGAAUGAACAGCUACAGUCUAAAGAAGUAGAGCUUCUGCAGCUAAGAACAGAGGUGGAAACGCAGCAGGUAAUGAGGAAUUUAAAUCCACCUUCAUCAAACUGGGAAGUGGAAAAGUUAAGCUAUGACCUGAAGAUCCAUGGUUUGGAACAAGAGCUGGAACUAAUGAGGAAAGAAUGCAACGAUCUCAAAAUAGAGCUACAGAAAGCCAAACAGACGGGGCCAUCUCAGGAAGACAUUCUGCAGGACAGAGAUCUCACCAGACCGAGCUUGCCGAGAGAGGAGCAUGUCCCACACGAGGGCCUUCUCCACAGUGAUAAUAUGCAGCAUGCAUACUGGGAACUGAAGAGGGAGAUGUCUAACUUGCAUCUGGUGACACAAGUGCAAGCAGAGCUACUAAGAAAACUGAAAACCUCAGCUGCCAUCAAGAAAGGCAAGUCACUGCUGGCUGGAAGUGCUCAGUCCAGCCAGACUGCCUGAAGAGCAGCUAGCUACUUUAUCUUAUCAAAACCUCAUCCUGUGACUUCAAUACGCAGUCUCUACUGCACACCCAUUCCCUGCUUUGGCUUCAGCCUCUAGCUGGUCAGCUUCACACAUAAAAGUGUUGCUGGUAUUUUUUCUUCAGUACUAUAUUCUUUUCCCCUUGUGGCUUUUCUCAGCCAAGUGUUGCUUAUAUGUGUAAGGCCAAGGUGUUAGGUUUGCUCUAGUUGGCUUUUUACCACAACUAUCUAUAUUUAAAAAGAACUCCAGACCCAAGUUUCAUUUCAGUACUAUCAAGUAUACCAGAGACCUAGCUUUUUAUUUUCAAAACAACUCCGAUUCAUUUAGUUCUUGACAUCUUUUUAUAAUAGGCUUUCCUUUCCAUACAGGAUGUCUCAACCAAAAUUUUUCAUUGCUUUCUUUUUAUAUCCAGUAUUUGACUAAAGCUUUUGGGUAUUAUGUUAGCUAGUAGCGUGUCCUUUUGCCAGCGCUGUUUUUGUAUCUUAGAAAACAAUGAGUGUGUUUGCACCUCACAUUGCAUAAUAGGUUUACAUCUGAAACAUACAGUAUGCAUUUAAUCUUAAAUUUGACUUUUCAAAGGAAUGUGAUGUCACUUUGAAAAGUGACCAGCAUCUACUUUAAAAUUGUUAUUUGCACCUCUGAUUGUCCUAAAGAAGAAAAAGAAAAUUGUUUUAUAAAUAUUCUCGGGAGUAUUUGUAAGGGAAAAUAUUUCACACUAGGGAAAAAAAAACGCACACAUAAUUUAAAGUUUCUUUUGCUUUCUACAGUGUUGGGUACUUAAGAAUCAGGCAAAUUAAUGUGGUGUUAAGCAAACACAGCUCAAUUUAUGGUUCACCUAGCCCUUGUUUUUCAGUAGUUAAGAUUACUUAUGAAGAUCCAUAGGUGGAUGGCAGAAAUAAGACUUCUCCUUAAACCGACUCAGCUAUUGUGGAGCAAGCUGUUAGUACAACUGCUCACACAAAUAGUGUAUUCCAAAGCAUAAUAAAGAAGGGAUCUUUCCAUCCUGUCUUCUAUUGUUGGGAA